AGCACAAAGAAAUAGUCAUGGUAUUAGUGACAACACUUUGCGCACACGUACCAUAAUAACAACACUCCAAAAAAAAAAAAUUAAAUUAUUUUUGAGGUUUUGUUGAAUAUACUAUAUAAUUCCUUACCUUCUGUUCUGUUCAAUUUUCAUUAUCCACAACUCGGUUGUGGAUCAAUCAAAAACCCAUAAACUGUUUCUCGGAAAAAAUUUCAAAAAGAGAAGAGGUAUUGAUUUUGUUUGUUUAUGUCUGGGAUCAGUUCUCUUGCAUCUGCGUAGCUAUAACUCAGAUUGAUUGAUUGAUUUUGAUUCGGAUAUGGAUUUGGAGAAGUUCCGAUCCAUAUUGGAGAGUGCGGGCGUUGACGUUUGGGUGUUGAUGGACGCCGCAAUCACGGUGGCUUCCGUUGAUUACGCCAACGAAUUGAAGCGCCGGAGAGACGGAAUCGUGGAGCGCCUUUACACGGCGUCGACUACGGCGGCUCCGUCGCGGUGUCGGAACUGCGAAGCCAAUAACGGUGAAAUCAAGAGGCAGAGUAGUCCCUCAACGGAUAAGGAAAAGGAUCCUUACGGUGGGUUGUUUGAUGAUGAGGAGAAGAAGAUUCUAGAAAUCAAAGACCAACUUGAAGACCCUCACCAGUCGGAAGAUUCCUUGGUGGAGUUGCUACAGAAUCUCGCAGACAUGGAUAUUACAUUCCAAGCUUUAGAGGACACUGCCAUUGGGAGGCAUGUGAAUCGGUUGCGGAAGCAUUCGUCUAAUGAAGUUAAGAGAUUGGUGAAGCUACUUGUCAGUAAGUGGAGGGAAACUGUAGAUGAAUGGGUGAUGUUGGAGACACCGGGAGAACCGGCUACAGCUGUCAUGGUUGAUGAAGACUCGCCUCAGCAGAAAAACCCACAAAACGGGCAUCAUCAGAUUCCUGACUUUGGGAACUCUCCAAAUCUACAGAAUGGGAGUUUUUGGUUAGAGCGCAACCAUACCCAAGCUGAACUAAAACCAAAAGCAUUUCCUCGCAAAGAAGCUCCACCAAAACCAGAGGCAUCACUAUCUGUCCCGACUUCUCUUGCUCCUCAAAAAAGACAGAGAGAACAAAGAGAGACCAAUUUUGACUCGGAGAGACUUGCUUCAGCAAGAAGGCGGCUUCAAGAGAACUACAAAGAGGCUGCAAAUGCCAAAAGGCAAAGAACGAUUCAGGUGAUGGACCUCCAUGAGUUACCAAAACCCAAGAAUGCCUUCUUUGGAAAGACCAGAGGCGGCGGGGCUGCGGUUCUCAGGGAAAGGCACCGGUGACGCAUGUACGAGGCAACUUGCGUGUAAAAAGGCUUUUUGUGGGUGGCUAAUGCCGGAUAAAUCCUAAACCCAGUUGAUUCCUUUUCGUUUUCCCUCCCCGACAUAAAAAACUUGUAUUAACCCAAAAUAUCCGUAACAUUUACAUUUAGUGAUAAAUAUUGACAACUUAGAAUCGAGGAUAUUAUAUGAUCUUCAAAGAUCAUUUUUUAUUUGGUUUUGUUUUUUCUGAAAGUUACUUUAUCUAAUGUUCAUCGAAAGGAUGUCGUUUUGGGACGGAAAUCAUGGUAUUUUUGUAAUUUUAAUUUAUUUCAGGAUUAUAAUAGU